AUGCAGUAUCCGAUUAUUACGGUACCGAAAGGUCAAUUCACUAUUAUUGAUGGUUUCCUAAUCAACCUCAAUAGCAAAGUUGUUACAGACUUAUCAUCAGAUGAAAGUAAAACAACGCUAACACCUGGUGGUUGGUACUUGCUGAAAAAUACUUACAAUCCAAUGUCUUUAACCAAACUAUACUUUAUUGAUUCAAAUUAUAUGUUUACUAAUAAGAGUGUACUGCUUUGGAUAUUGAAACCAUACAUCUAUGUCAAGUUUUGUGAAAGGAAUAGCAAAUACUACUGUGAACCAUGUACCAGGCAUCAAGCCACUCAUAAAGCUAUAUCUAUUCCCAUUGUAAGAUUAGAAGAGACUGUGAGUAAAUAUAUGGUCUUAGAGGAACCAUUAACGGGCACACAGGAAGCAUACAGCGGGCCCUUUAACCAACAAUUAAAAGAUCAACAGGUUUGCGAAACUCUAAACACAGAACACACCAUAACAAAUAAUUCUGAUAUAUCUAUGGAUCAGCUAAAAGGUUUCUCUCUACCAGAUGUCAAAUAUAUUCCUGAGCAUUAUUUCAUCAAGAUCAAACCACCUAUUACCCGACUUAAAGUCAAGAAUUUAGAAAAGAAAGAAGAACAAGACAAGGUCAAAGAAUUGGAAGUCUUACAACGAAGUUUAUUUGAUAUGAGUUUAGAGAAGAACUACUGGCGACUUCGAAAAAUGAAAGAGUAUUUUUUCUCAGACGGGAGAUCCGAAGAUGACUUUGUUACGUUUAAACUAAUAUACGAGAAAAGCAAAACAAAACUGCUUCAAAAUAUAAAGUAUGUUAGCAAAUCUGUAUUUCCAAGUCUAAUAAGUGAAUGGAUUAGAGAAUCAAAUUCUUCGAAGGCAACUUUGUUCAAAAUAUCAGAUUCAUUGAUGGUUACCGGUGGAUUUCUUGUUGACAUAAUAGAGAAGAAGAUAAUUAACCCCAAUGAGCAAGACUAUUUACGAAAUCUUACCGAUGAGGAAAAAGAAUAUAUUGAGGAGUGUGAUCUCGUUGAUUGGAAUAUAUUAAAAUUAACAAAACAUCCGUAUGCUGUUGAUUCGCCACAGUUAUUUGAUACAUUAAACGCAAAUAAUGAGGAUUUCUAUGAAGAUAAAAAUGGGGAUUUGUGGAUUGUUCCACCUACUGAAUAUAAAGGUGCGUUAACUCCACGAAAAUACAGGUCUAUACCACUUCAUUUUAAAAGUUUUGGAUGGAGACAUAUAUACGAACCGCUGAAGAAGGUGCCACUACCGGAAAAUCCAUUUGCCAAUGAUAGCUUAGAGAGUUUACUUGGAGGAUAUCAUGAAAGUAAAGACUUACAAGACGAAGAAUAUUUCACGUUCCUCAAGGAUGUAGCCACAUUAGUGAGUUAUGAUCAACAACGAAGCUACUACAUCAAAUCCUUUAAUGAGCUAAAAAGUUUGUAUAUCGCCAGUCAGGGACAGUAG